UCGCAGCAUAUGUCGAUUCCAAAGACUGACUGUCUUCGUUACGAAUUGUUACGUUCGCGAUCAGUGGGCGGAGAAUUGAUAGAAUCUUAUGUUUACUGAAAGUUUUUAGAAUAUUAUUUAACCGAAUUUUGAAUCAAUUUUCAAAAUGAUACGAUUUAUUCUUAUACAAAACAGGGCUGGUAAGACUAGGUUAGCAAAGUGGUACAUGAAUUUCGACGAUGACGAAAAGCAAAAGUUAAUAGAAGAAGUUCAUGCGGUGGUUACUGUCAGAGAUGCGAAGCACACAAACUUCGUUGAGUUUCGCAAUUUCAAAAUAGUGUACAGACGAUAUGCCGGCUUGUACUUUUGCAUUUGCGUUGAUGUGAACGACAACAAUCUAUGUUAUUUGGAAGCAAUACAUAAUUUUGUAGAAGUGCUGAACGAAUAUUUCCAUAAUGUAUGCGAACUGGAUUUAGUCUUUAAUUUUUACAAGGUAUAUACUGUUGUAGACGAAAUGUUCUUAGCAGGUGAGAUCAGAGAAACAAGCCAAACCAAAGUGCUGAAGCAGCUUUUGAUGUUAAAUUCCUUGGAAUAAAUAAGCUUGCUGUUUUGGCUUUAUAUAUUAACAAAAUGCAUGAUCUGAAUAUAUAACAUGUGUCUGAAGUAAAUAUGCAUACAUAUCUGUAUGUGUAGAUUAUUUCACAUAAAACACAUACAUAAAUUCUCUAUGUAACAAUAUCAUUUAGAUAAUCUUUAGUAAUCAUCUUUUUCAUGUAAAGUAAACGAGAUGUGUAAUAUAAUCUCUACAUGAUUUUUAUGACAGCUUACAAUUUAUGAAAAAAAGAACAAAAGCACUCAGAACAUGACAGAAAUUGUUGUUCAUAGACACAAGAGAAAAAAGGUAGAAAUAUAUAAAAAAUAUAUAUGUGUUUUAAAUAUGUAAUAAAUCUUGUAAAUACGUACGUAAAGAAUA